AAACACAUUCAUCACGCAGUCUGCUAACGGAUUUCCAGCGGUGUAGUUUACUAGCUUUUCACUCCGUGGAGUAGUGUUUGAGGCUUACUAAACCCUCUCACCACCGUGGUCCAGGUUUACAGUACAGUAUCAGCUGUACCAACCGGGUUUCAAGCAAGUUUUGCAGUCUAGCAUCGCACCACUCUCACACAGCACAAUGUCGUCCACGAACGGAGCACGAAGCGGAUCGCUCUACAUCCUGCAAGCGUUGGUGCUGCUCUGGUCGAUAGCGAUGGUAUCGGCCAACAAGCGAUACUGUGGAGCGGAGCUGGUAAAGGUACUGUCCUUCCUGUGUGAUGAGUUCCCUGAUCUGCAUACGACGAGCAAGCGCUCAGCUGACAACUUCGCCAAGCCGUCGGAUAUGGCCACGGAGGACUGGAUGAACGCCGAAGACAACACGCAGCAGAUACUCGAUCAGCAGCUGCAGUCGGUCGGUAUGCCGGAUGAUCGUGCUGCGGUACCUGCCUGGAUGAAUAUGGUCUACCCGUCGAACUACAUGUUCCGUCAUGGGGCAGGACACAACGAGCUGAUACCCGCCCGCUUCCGCAAGAAUCGUGGUGGCAUCGUGGAGGAGUGUUGUUUGCGGCCGUGCGGUAUGAACCAGUUGCUGCAGUACUGCAAGAAGGUUAGCGCCUACUAAAAGGUCAACGGAAACGGGUAGUCGUCGGGCAGGUGGAGCUUAUAAGUGUGUUUGGCAUAGAAUACUCUACUCAUAUUGAAUGGUUUGUGUCGCACGAGAAGCAGGGAUAAUAGGAGGGUAGAAGUCCCUGGCGUAGGCGCACUGAUAUCGGGAAUGGUUACGUACAAAGCCGUAUUAUAAAGCACAACAUUGAACAAAGUUGAUAAACAACUCACCUUAAAAUACCUUUAGCUUAGGCUCACAAGCUCUUGCUGUUAUUAGAAACGCUUUCUGUAUUCUAACGAUGUUGCUAUACGCUUGUGCGGUUGCGGCAAGCAGUCCAGACCAGAUGAUGUAGGGAACCACGUAUUUAAGUACCUUAAAUGGCUGCCAAGCAUAGCUAAAGAUAUUAUUGGACUAUUUGGGAAAGCAUGAAAAAUAAAAACAACCCUAUCGAUUAUUGGCCGUUUGCAAAUAGCGCAUAAACAAAGCACAAACUGAAAGUUUUGGUACCAAAGAAGGUUAA